AUGACGUCAAUAGGCACAGGCUACGAUCUUUCCAAUUCGGUAUUCUCUCCCGACGGUCGCAACUUCCAGGUCGAAUAUGCGGUGAAGGCAGUCGAAAAUGGUGGCACUGCCAUUGGUAUUCGAACACAGUAUGGAGUGGUACUAGCUUGCGAAAAGAUCAUCUCAUCCAAGCUACUGAAACCUGGCGCCAACAAGCGGAUAGCCACGGUCGAUCGAAAUGCGGGUAUUGUCACCUCCGGUCUAGUACCAGACGGCCGUCAUCUUACCAGCAGGGCACGAGAUGAAGCCAGCAGUUGGAGAGGAACAUACAAAGGCCCCAUCCCCAUAGCCGCCCUCGCUUCAAGAGUAGGAGGCUAUGUACAAGCAUACACACUAUACUCGAGUGUCCGACCAUUUGGUGUGACUGCGAUUCUUGGAGGUUGGGAUUCAGAGGCCGAAGCUGGUGUGGAUGGACAAGUCGGCACUGGUCCAAAGGUUGGAACAAGCGGAAAGUCCGAAGACGGGACCAUCAAGAGAGGUGGACCAGGUCUAUAUAUGAUUGAACCAAGCGGUUUGUACUGGGGCUACUAUGGUGCUGCCACAGGAAAAGGUCGACAAGCUGCCAAAGCCGAACUUGAAAAGCUCGAUCUGGCCUCUCCGACUUGUGCUCUGACCCUGAAAGAUGCUGUUGUUGAGGCAGCCAGAAUCAUCUACGUCGCACAUGAAGACUCAAAGGACAAAGAGUUUGAGCUGGAAAUCACAUGGAUUUCGGCUCUUGAUGGUCCCACCAAAGGACGACAUGAACAUGUGCCCCAAGAGCUGUUGGAAGAGGCAGAGAAGGCCGCGAAGAAGAGUCUGGAGGGUGACGACGAUGAAGAUGACGAGGAAGAGGAUGAUGCGAUGCAGGAGUAA